AUGUCCACUUCGCAGCCGGACAUGGCCAUUUCGACAGCGGCCGCGGCCCCUGACCGAUCCGCACAGUUUCGAGAAUCAAUCUCUCAGCCCGUUAUCGCCGCAUUCUGCGCCGGAGGUGUCGCCGGCGCUGUCUCCCGAACCGUUGUCUCCCCCCUAGAACGACUCAAGAUUCUCAUGCAGAUCCAGAGCGUCGGACGCGAUGCGUAUAAGCUAUCAGUAGGGAAAGCUCUGAUGAAAAUGUGGAAGGAGGAAGGUUGGAGGGGGUUCAUGCGAGGCAAUGGCACCAACUGUAUUCGCAUUGUUCCCUACUCUGCUGUGCAAUUCAGCAGCUACAACUUCUACAAGCGGAAUAUCUUUGAACGUUACCCAGGAGCUGAUCUAGCACCCCUCACUCGCCUCGUUUGUGGUGGCCUUGCUGGCAUAACGUCAGUUUUUCUUACAUACCCUCUCGAUAUUGUUCGGACACGAUUAUCCAUCCAAUCUGCAAGUUUCAGCGAGCUAGGAGCUCGACCAGACAAACUGCCGGGAAUGUGGACUACAUUGACGCAGAUGUACAAAACGGAGGGCGGUAUGUCUGCACUAUAUCGAGGCAUCCUUCCUACUGUUGCUGGAGUGGCACCAUAUGUCGGCCUUAAUUUCAUGGUCUAUGAAUCUGUCAGGAAGUACCUGACGCCGGAGGGAGAGCAAAACCCCAAUGCAAGCCGCAAGCUGCUCGCCGGUGCCGUCUCUGGAGCUGUUGCACAGACUUGCACAUACCCCUUCGAUGUUUUACGGCGUCGGUUCCAGAUCAACACCAUGUCGGGCAUGGGCUAUCAGUACAAGGGUAUUACAGACGCCAUCCGAGUCAUUGUGAUGCAAGAAGGAGUCAAGGGUCUCUACAAAGGUAUUGUGCCCAACCUUCUGAAAGUCGCUCCCAGUAUGGCAUCGAGCUGGUUGAGUUUCGAGAUGACACGCGACUUCCUGGUUGAUCUCAGACCCGACUCUGAGUCACGCUCCUUAUGA